GCGUCCCGCCCGUAGCCCGGCGCCGUCGCUCCGAACCGCAAGCGGCACUGCUCUCCCUUCCCGCUGCUCCUCCUUUGUCUCAGCCGAAACCCGUAGGGGAGGUAGAAAACACUGUAGCUCCAUGUCUGUCCCUCCUUCCCCCCAGCUAAUCCCCCAUCUGGAGAGUAGAGGAGGCGUGUCCUGCCAUGGUGGUGUGACAGCUAUUUCUACAAAUGCUUUAAUGGAACAGUUGCGUUUAAAAUACCAACAAAGGCCAUGGACUGAAACUCUGAAACUUGUUUAUUUUUGCAUGAACCCACUUCGAAAGCCUGUCAGUAAUGCUCCAGAUGGUCUCCUGCUUUCUUGCAUGGAGAAGAUAGAAAGGACAUUAAAUGCUAAAUCUGUGUUUUCUGUGAUGAACACAUUGGAACUUUUAUCCAGACAAAAAGGACUUACUGUUCAUGUUAGCCCCAGUGGGACUGCCUGCUACAUAACAUCAAUGAUGUUUUAUGUAGAAAUUCAACUGGAGAAGGAUGGAGAUGUGAUGGAUGUAAAGUUGGCUCACUUUGAAGAAGCUCCUGUGGUUUGUGAUGACUUGGUCCAGCUUCUAAGGAUGAAGAACUAUGAUGCCUUUGGCAAGAUUCUAGAAGACCUGUCAAAUAUGUAUCAAAUUCCAGGAAACAGUGAAAUGAAAGCUAAGGGAUAUCUUGCUCUGCAGGCCCUUGAAAAAGACCUUUAUUCAAUGUCUCUUUUAGACAGAACACAGGAUCUAAACAGAGUUACUGAAGUACUUAAUGGAAAAAUAGGACACCUGGUGCCAAGAACUGGAGGAACUCCAAUGAACAUUGAAUUUUACAUUUCUCCCUAUCAAGUUUUGGAAGCAGAACUAAAUCAUGGUUCUCGGGUAUGCGGAACAAAAACAGUUGUAACUGUUGAAGGCACGGAUACACUCCACAAACUGCCUCUUUCUCCAUUAAUUGUAGAUCCUCAAGAUGGAGAGAGCAACAGCCCUACUUUUUUGCAACUGACUGAUGAACUCAGCAUGGAUUUGCCAGCUUUUUUUGUUCUGAAAUUUCAUCAGCCUGUUCCCAUGUCUUCAUCCAGUAUUGAAGAGAUACAGAGGCUCACAGGCAUGUUAUAAUUGUUUUAUAAGACUAAGUAUCUCUGUAACUAUGCAUUGCUUAUUUGCUUUUUACUUCCCUGUG